GAUAAGUAUAUAAAACUUAGACAGAUAAAUUUUAGACAGAUGGUUUGGAUAAAUGUACUGAUCUGAAGAGUUUCUAAUGACAAACUUCAUUUAACAAUGACCUGCAUUUUUCUCAUCCACCAAGAUAAUGGCUUGUUUCAUUUGUAUAUAGUGGACAAGGUGGAAAAUAUGGAUAUAUUUUGAGUUGUGGUUUUCUACAGUAGUGCCUUCUAUAGAGGAUAACCGUAGGAAUAGAGAAGUUGUGAACAGUAUUGUGCAAGUGACAUUUGUUUCAAUAUGAGUAGAUACAUUUCCCAUUAUUGCUAUGGACUGGCUUAAAAACAAAGGUCUUCAGAGAGAAGAUAUUGAGGAACAAAUCUAAAAAAUAUAUCAGUGAAUCAUAUGGGGAGCAGCAAAAUGACUGAGGGGCUAUAUGUCCUACUCUCUACACUGAUGUUUAUGGAAGAUAUUCAAGGCUCUGCCUUGCUGGACUCUCUUGACUGUGUCAAUGACUUCAGAACACAUUGGAGCUGUCAGUGGAAUGAAAGCUCAGCUGCUCACACCAUAUUUCCCAUGAGCCUUUACCACUGGAGCAGUGUGAAAAGAAAUGUUACGAAAUGUGACAUCUUGUAUACCAAACACGAUGGGGGCCCUAACCUGAGACGGAGUUGCCGGUUGAAUACAACGUUCUCCAUCCACAUGACAGACAGUUUCUCCUUCCUACCAGAAAGAGUCAUACAGACAGAAGCCAACAUCAUUCCUGCCAACACGGUGAGGACUUUACCACCGGAAGGACUGAAGCUCCAUCUAUCUAAUAAUGGGUCUGUCACUCUGGGUUGGAAGAGUCCAGUUCACCUGCACACUCCUUGGUCUCUGCUUUACCAGAUAUCAUACUAUAGACAUGGCUGGGAAAAGUGGGAGGAUGCAGCUUCACUUUAUGUUGUAGACGAGGUGGAAGUCAGUUUAGAGCCCCAGCUGUUAGUUCCUGGAAGUUCCUACAUAUUUCGAGUACGGGCUAUAUAUCAUGAUGGGCAACACCACAAGGGCUUAUGGAGCAUGUGGAGCAGAGAGCUGACCUGGGACAUUCCUAAAGGCGACAAGGCAGGCCCCCAAAACUUGCUUUGUGAGUACAAUGGCGUGACUGAGAUGAGAUGCAGUUGGGAGGUAAUGGAAGAGGUCACACAAUCUGUGUCUUAUGCCCUCUAUUAUAUUGAAUACCCCAAGGAGGCUGACAGUAAGACCGCUGGACUCCUUAACACCACCUACUCUGCAAGGGAGAAGAAAUGCAUCCCUCAAAAGAGUACUUCUGUGGCUGGAACCUCCUAUGUACUCUAUAGCUGUACUUUGGAGAUACCCCCAAACCAGGCAUACAAUUCCUUUAACAUCCAAGUCAGACCCCAUGAGGCUGUAAAGACGUUCACACCAUGUAAGAACAUUCAGACUCAGCCCCCUACAAAUAUCAAAGUAGAAGAGAGGUCAGACAAUGGUUACAUGGUACAUUGGAACCCUCCAGUUCCGGCUUUGCACAACAUCCAACUGGCUUACCAGUUAUGUUACUGGAAACAGGGUGACACAGAAUGUCCUCCUCACCUGCUGUUUAAUGUCUCUGGUAAUAUUCCUGAGUAUUAUAUACUGAGUUCUGCACUCCAGGCAUCUAGUAACUAUGCAGUAAAAGUUCGUACAAGGCCUGACCACAGUCAGCCAUACUUCAGUGGUCCUUGGAGUGACUGGAGCUAUAGGGCAUCCUGGAAAACCAGAAAAACAGCAAAUGACAAGAUCGUAUUUCUAAUUGUACCUGUAAGUGUGAUAGUCCUCCUAAUUUGUGUGCGGUUCCUGUCUACGUUUGUCAGCAGACUCAAGAAGCGCUGGGAGAACGCUUUACCAAAUCCUAGUAAGAGUAAGCUACUAAGCAACCUGGGACACCAGAGUUGGAUCAUCCCCACAUACACAAGCAAUAAUCAUGCAUUGGAAAUGCAAUCUUCUGUUUGUAUCCAUGAGGGUGCACAUUUGGACCGAUUACCUGGAGAAAUAGAAGAAUCUGUUGAUGAGAAGGCACCAAAAUCAAGUGACUGCCUACUUGGACCGUAUGCAGCUGUCCCUCCAACACAGAGGAAUGUGCAGAUUCCCUACUCCAGAGAAGCACUGCCGGAAACUUUUAAGACAAAUAUUGACCUUAGGGAACCUCUAGCCGCUUCUGCUGAACAGCACGCCCAGUGCUACAAUGACCCAUGCCUCCUCUCUUCUCCUGUUCAAUCUUUAUUAAAUUUGGGGAAAAGAAGCAUAAAGAACACAGGGUAUUUUAGUCUUCCCAGAUUCCAAACUGAGAUAUUUGGUGUUCCUGAGCAGGUGACUAUAUGUAGCAAGUCUCUGCAUCCCAGGGAGCAAACGGGUUAUGUGAUGGGCAUGGGAGCACAGGUCCCUCCUCAGCUAUCCCAAACAAAGAUUAUGAAAACGAUAGGUAACAAGUGUAAUACUUACUUCCCUGUGCCUCAGUCUUCUGAAAUCCAGGUUCCUGUAGAUGAACAUUUAAUUGUAAUAAACCCAGAUGACAAAAGGCCUCUCGUGUUGAGACAGAUAGGGGAUUAUUGUUUUUUUCCAGGAAGUCAUGAAAGCCAAGAAAAGUUAGAAAGGAAACUGGGACCAAACAGUGAACGUAAAGAGCAACAACUUCUACAGGAUUCUUCUCCAGGCGCUGUAGAGGCAUUCAAGGUUAUGCAAAGGGGUUGCCUUGCUUUGCCACAAAUAUAAAGGCUUGAUUUACACUGUGCAUUUAUACUGCAUUGCUCUCCUCCUAUACCCACUGUAAAAUACCUCCAGUGUCAACUGUCUCUGCCUCUUUCUCUCUCUAAAUAUCCUCCACUUCUUAGCCCUGUGUUGUAGCUCAAGCUACU